CCUAGUGCUAUGGUGAAGAGGCUUUUCAGGUAAAAAUAAAAAAUAAAAAUGGCUGACUUACCUCAGUACGACUUUAAUGAAAAGCCAUCUUCUUCAUCAUCAUCCAAUAAAAUGCCAUUGUUUACACUAUUGGCAAGGGUGGUAACCUUAGGCUCUUGUGUAAUUUCAUUAAUUGUAUUGCAGAAUAAUGAAAUUACUUGGAUGUACAAUGGUAUGGAAGGUGGGAGAUUUAACUACGAGGGUUACAGUUCUUACAGGUACAUGUUUGGUGUACUGGUAGCAGGAAUUGUUUACACUAUAUUGCAUAUUCCCUUCGCAGCAUAUUACCUGGUAGCAAAGAAACGUCUCGUAGACCACCAGGGCUUUCGCAUGCUUGAAUUUUUUGGUGACAAGGAGCGUGCAAAGUCCAAAGUGGACAAGCAAAAGUGAACGAAUUCAACUUAGUUGGAUUUUAUGCGGAUCAUAUUAGCGGUAUUGGCAACUGGAGCUGGAGCAGCACUAGGUGCAACAGUGGAAUUAUCAAAAGCUCAGUUCCCAGAUUAUUAUUCAAAACAGAUGCAUAACUUCUUGUCGGUGAUGUAUGCCCCUAGUACACUUCUUGUAGCUGCAUUUGUUAGCUCUGGAAUUUCGUCUGUCCUCUCAUCUUUGAAUCUCCACAAAAGUGAUGAAGACUAAAAAAAAGUAGAUCUUUUCACGACAAACUAAAGAAAUAUUCAAAAUAUUGUACCCAAAUUUUGGGGUGUUGUAUGUUACUCUUAAUUUGUGGUGUGGAUAUCUUCAUAUCUUAGGUUUACUAGUUAAAUUAGUUAGUAAUUUUUGUGGAGAAUAUCAACUCAGCUUUAUGUGGUCUGUAAGUUGAAGAUUUUAGUUUAUGUUUCUUUGUACUACUGGUUGAGAUUCAAAUUCUCAUAUGCAAUAUAUGUCAUAGAUUCUCAUG